CACUACUCUUGUUCUCUAGUGGCCAGUAACACUCAGGGCUCUGGACCUCCUGCCAACAUCUCAUUCACCACUCAACAAGACUAUUCCUUCUUUCAACUCCGUUUGGGUAAAGUUCCUACUUCUUGUUCUGAAGAAAUUAGUUCAGAGAGAUCCCUGAAACUGGAGCACAUUACUGCUGCAGUAGUGAAGGAGUAAAGUCAUCUUGCUCAGAGUGUGGGCCAGAAAUGAUAGACAACCAGCUAUUUGUCUGCUAUCCAGAGUCUCCGUCGUUUCUGACGUAUCGAGCCAGACUGGAGGGGACCUCUGAGACAGACAGUGGCUCCCUCGUCUCUCUGAUAGAGGCCUGGGUGAGAGGAGGUGGGGCCAGCCUCAUCCUGACUGGAGUACUGAUGACCGUGGACUCCCACUGCUCAGUAGCCAUCUCUUCUCUCAGUCAGCCACCACAGUGCUCUCCUUCUUCCACUCCUACUGCCACUUCAUCUCCUUCCACUGACAUGCCUCCUGUUGAUAGAAGCAGUGAUGAAGAACCUGCACAGGUUUCCGAUGCUAUAAUUGGAGGAAUCGUGGCAGUUGUUCUUAUCGUUGCUAUUACUAUUGCUGUCAUAACUUUUCUAGUCCUAAAGGAACGUCGUGGAGGGGCUUCACUGAGGAGUUCAAACAAAGCG